CAUGACUUUUGGCUUGGAAUGGUUUGGCUUUUGUGGACAGCAUGAAGUGGCUUGAGAUGAAAGCUUGAAUUUUUUUAAUAUAUAUAUUUAAAUCCUGGAUUUUAGACUGUCUUAUGUCGUCUGCUCCACGGCUCCUUGUCCCCACCUCUCCCAAUAAAACUGUUUCCAAAGAAUUCAGAAAUUCUUGUUACAGAUUGUUCCAUGUCAGUGAUGUCAGCAGUGGUAGUUCUUCCCCUGCUUUCUCCUGAAUAUCAGAGCCAUGAAUUUAUGUUUGCAUUGUUAAUAAUCCUUCUGGCCCCUAACAGAGUAGUUCUGAACGUGCCCCACAUACACUUACCUGCUUUUGUUGUAAUAAGGUUAGGGUUAGGGUUACUGCUUAGUCUACUAGAUAGGAAAUUAAUUGUGAAAUACCAUUUAGAAACAAGUGAGAUUUCUGAAAAGCUUUCCUUGCAUAUUUUGGAAGCAUAACUGAAAAUAUUUUUGAGAUUACCUAGUUGACAAUGUACUGGAAUUUUUAUUGGAAGGGGUUAAAGGUGAGGAGGUGGAGAAGUUACAUUGAAGUUAUUUUAAAUGAAGACAAGUUGAAUAAUUUUAACUCACAGUUAAGAGGUUCUUUUGAAAUACUUUUUUCUAACUCAAAUUUGAAAUUGACAUUUUGCUUGUGAAAGGUCAGUGCAUGUGACCUUGUGGAGAUUAACCUCCGGGACAGCUUUUCUGAGGGAGCAUGAGGAAUGCAAACGGCGCCUGUGUGCACUUGGCUUUACUUGGUAGCGUUGGGUGAGACAAGGAUUGAGGGAGAAUGUCGUUAUACUUCUGGUAGGCUUUGUAAAUGUGGAAGCGUGUCUUUGUACUUGAUAUUUUUCCAUGAUGAAAAUGCCAAUGUCAUUGACUUCUAUUUCAGGAAAUUGAAAUAAGUUUAAGUAAAUAGCCACUGAGUAGAUACUUAGGAGACUUCUUACUGUUCCCAGUUCCCUUCUCUGUUUGAUUCCCCAGUUUAGUUCUUUAUGCCCUUUUUCUUCCUUUGCUUACUGAUGGAAGUGAUUAUGUGUGUUUGGACAGAGACACUGCGGAGUGAGUCCAGAGAGUGCUGAAUUGUACCCCAGUCCAGAGUCUCUACUUAAUGUGGAGAUACAGUCUGCCUCAUUUGCCCAGCAGGCCUUGGGCUUACAGCCCUGCUGCCUCCGCCUCUUGGAUAGCUGAGGUUAUAGGUGUGGCCAUUGCUCCCUCUAGAAUUCUCAUUUUUUGCUCCCCCAAUAUUGUCUAGCUCAAGCGUGCCCUAGAAUAAGGAUCAUUACCGUAAACGAGUGUGCUGACUUGUAUGUUCAGUUCUUUGAAUUCGAAUCUUUUUGUAGCUUUUUGAGAAGGUAGGAAAAUGUGGCAGAGGAGCAGUUCUGUGGUAUCUCGUGUCUGGUACAAUCAGGGCCCCUGUUUGACUAUGAUCAUAUUGCUUGGGACUUUUGAGUCCAGCCGACAAAGUCUCUUUUCCCAGAGCCAUUGCCUAUCUUUAUAUAAACUAAAAUGCUUUCUCCUUGAAGUUUUGGGGAAAUAACCUGUGUGUGAGACGAAGCACAGGUCUUCCUUUCUAAAACUGUUUUUAAUACAUCUUUCUUGGUGGCAGUGACGGUAUCCUAUGCAUUGCUUUCACCUCUUUUAUUCCUGGGUACUAGUUGUUACUCUUUUUAAGGCUCAGUGCUGAUUUGGCCUGUGGAAACGUGGAAGUAAGUGUCCUACUCAUUUUACCUCAGUGUCUGUGGCUGUGAUAAUACAACCUUUAGACACAGAGUCAUGAGUUACGUAAUUUUUAUUCUGUAGUUUCUUUAAUCGAAUGUGUUUUUCUUGAGGUUGACCUUUUAAUGUUCCUUUGACUGUUACCCACUGCGCGUUUCAGAUUUGCCUUGAGUAGAUGAGAGACUGAUCAGUAUGUUUUACAGAUCAUGUGCUGGUUUAUAAAUUGCAGCUUUAUCAGAAGAUUUGAGAAAAUAUGAGAACACCAUCUCCAGGUUCAUCUGGACAAGAAUGCCUGCUUGUUCCUUGGAUACAGCCCAAAGAGGAGGACCAGAAACCACUAACUUCAUCAAAUCCAGUAUUAGAACUUGAACUGGCAGAAGAAAAAUUACCCAUGACUCUUUCUAGGCAAGAGGUAAUCAGAAGAUUGAGAGAAAGAGGAGAACCAAUUAGACUGUUUGGAGAAACUGAUUAUGAUGCUUUUCAACGAUUAAGAAAAAUAGAAAUCCUCACACCAGAAGUUAACAAGGGCUUGAGGAACGAUCUCAAAGCAGCUUUGGAUAAGAUCGAUCAGCAGUACCUCAAUGAAAUUGUGGGUGGUCAGGAACCUGGAGAGGAAGACACACAGAAUGAUUUGAAAGUCCAUGAAGAAAACACCACGAUCGAGGAGUUAGAGGCCCUCGGAGAGUCUUUGGGGAAGGGUGAUGACCAUAAGGACAUGGACAUCAUUACCAAAUUCCUGAAGUUCUUGCUAGGUGUUUGGGCUAAAGAACUGAAUGCCAGAGAAGAUUACGUGAAGCGCAGUGUGCAGGGUAAACUGAACAGUGCUACGCAGAAGCAGACUGAGUCCUACCUCAGACCACUUUUCAGAAAACUCCGCAAAAGGAAUCUUCCUGCUGAUAUUAAAGAAUCAAUAACAGAUAUUAUUAAAUUCAUGUUGCAGAGAGAAUAUGUGAAGGCAAAUGAUGCUUACCUUCAGAUGGCCAUUGGGAACGCUCCCUGGCCUAUUGGAGUCACCAUGGUUGGUAUCCAUGCCAGAACUGGCCGAGAAAAGAUUUUUUCCAAGCAUGUUGCGCAUGUAUUAAAUGAUGAAACUCAGAGGAAAUAUAUUCAGGGACUGAAGAGGUUGAUGACCAUCUGCCAGAAGCACUUUCCCACGGACCCCUCCAAGUGUGUGGAGUACAAUGCCCUGUGAGGCCCGUGUGCAGCGCACCGAUGCCAGUGAGGACCUCGCGCCGUGUGCACACGCCUCUCUCAUCACCAGCAGGAGAGGAGAAGGAGGAAGCUGGAGCCUCUGCUCUCUGAGUUCUACCUGCGGAACUGUGGCGGCCUUUGUGUCUGAUGACAAACUGAUUUUUGUAUCUUGCUUUCAUUUUAACUGUGAAAAAUUAAGUUCUGAAGACUUCCUCUCAGAUUAAGUAUGCUGACAGUGGUAACCAAUGGGGACUUGAAAUGACUGGCCCAAAAGUGACUGAAGCAUUGGAGGGUGGACUUAACUUUUCUAUGAUUUGCACACAGUCUUUUAUGUACUAUUUGAGAAAGUAUUUUUGUAUAUUCCAACACAAGUGGGGCUGCUGGAUGAGACUUGACCGUUGGCAUCACACAGCGUAGUGAAAAUGUUGCUGUGGUCCUGCUCGCUGACCUAUUGUUUUUCUCGGCUUCAGAGUUUCCUUUCCUUCAGAAGAGUGUCUGUCCUAGUGUUUGUCAUCUCAGGGAAUGGAAGUGUGAGAAGCACAGGUAGCAUGUCGUGCCCCCUAAGCCCCAGACAAGGUUAACACUGGCGCAUCGGGGUUCCGGGUGGGGGGUGGGCACAGGCCAGCCGAGAGUGCGCAGGUGUGAUGAGUGGGCGGCAGAAGACAGUGUCCCAGCCGCCCUGCGGCGGGAAGGCUGGGACCCGGACUGUGUCUCGGCCUCGGUAGUGAGUCCCGGCUCUGGCCUUGCACAGUGUCGUCCUCCAGUCACUGUGCUUCGGGAGCUGAGAGCCUGCAUCAGAGCGGGGAAAGAGGGCGCUGCCUGACCAGCGGGCGGCAGCAUGAGACAGCGGGUGUGAGGAGCCCCGUGGCGGCAGCUGACUCGGGCCGAUGACCUGAUUUGUGAAGACGCCAGCUUCCCCAUCGUACAGCGGCAGUUACAGCAGCACACGCCCCAUGUCGUCCUUCUUGUGUUUAAAUAAAAUACAGGGGCACCGCUGCCUGGUAGGCGGUGGGGCUUAGUAAAUAGUAGUCGGAGUGUGGCCGUCGUUGGAAUUGCUAGGCCUUCUGUGGCCUGUGGUCAGAGGCGGUGUAUACUCAUGUAUGCAAAGGGUUAAUACCCAUGGCAUUUGCAGCUGAAAUCACUGGUUAAGCUUUUCCUGUAGAGGGCUCCAGGGCUGCUUUUACUCCAGCCAGAUGGUGGGGGCUAAAGGCCACCACUGAGAAAGGCACUCGGGCCACUUGUGAUCCAUGCCUGGAGAAUGAUUGAUUCUGCUGGUUACUUAUGAGGAGGUGGCAGAGCCUGAUGUCCAGAAUUGAAUUAGGGCCCCCACCCUCCAUUUAGGAAGCCUUUUCUUGGGAUUAAAUUAUAUAGAAUUUGGGGGGAAUUUAAUACAUAGAUGAGAAAGACUUUCCCAAGACGUGACAGUCCAGACUUUGGAUGUGCGGUCUUGUGUAGGGCUUGCUCGUAAAUAUCGUUGGAUAAAUGCUGCCCUCAGUAUUUUUCCUGUUUUCAGAGGCCACAGCGUGCCAGUCACGUAAUGCCAUGUGUCUGGAAAAUGCCAUGUGACACUGGUGCCUUCUGGAAUUGACCAGGGUGAUGGUGUGACACACCCGGAGGAGCCACGUUCCGCAGUGCUGUGACUCUAGGCACUUUGACCUGGGGGCGGGGACCCUCAGAAAGGUUUUCUGUUGGCCGGAAGUUGACGUGACUGCGUGUGUCCUGAGGCUGUGUAGAAAACGACCUCCCAUUCUCCAGAUUCUGUGUAUUUAUGUUUUGAAUGUUUGUAAAAAAUAAAGAUACAUCUUCUAAACUUG